AACCAUGGGUUCUUCAACACAACCCUUACUUCCAAAGGACUUCUCCUCUUCAGUCUCCAUUACAACACUCUUCACUCACUCAUUCUCCAAUUCCUCACUCACCGAUUCAGCAUGCAUCACUUCAGCACUCACCCAUCCAACAGUCCCCAAUGCAUUACGCCUCUGCUCGACAUUGGCCACCUCGUACUUGCCAUCGGCGUCAGCUGUCACUUCAGGAUACUCCUCUGCAACAGGGACACCUACCACCGUCUCAUCCUCAGUCUUUGUCUCAUCAUCCCCGACAUCCAAGGUCUCCAUCCCCAACGGAUGGCUGGGCUACUACGCGGCGAACCUAUCGCCGCUCAUCCAAAGGGUCUCUCGCUUUAUCACCAACCUCCAAAUCUCCUAUGCGUCGUGGGUCUUCUCCUCUUCGGGACUCUCCGAUGUUGCUGCACCGUCAUUCUCGUCGCCGUCAUCACGCCUCUUCCACUCACAUCCCUCAUCACAUGCGAGAUCCACUAGGCACCAUGGAUCCUCUGGAUCCUCACGAUCCUCUAAGACACGGAACUCUCCUACACCGGCGUCACCACUCGUCACAUCACCAGAUCCCGCACCAUUCUAUGCAUGGGUCACCAUCCAAGACCUCUACUCUGAAGACGUCAUGCACUUCCUCAACGCCCGAAUCUUCGCCUCCCAAAAGCCCAGGUCAAGAAUCUUCUAUUGCAUCCGUAGCGCCUGCAAAUAUUUCACCUCGCCAUCAUCCUUUCCACCAGCGAGAAGUGCUGCAACAAAUUGA